AUGCUGGCGGAGAAAGUGCAAUUCUUCGUGGGGGAGGAGAAGUAUUGGAACUGGUUUGAUUUGGCGCUGGUCACCGAGUCCAUCAUCGGCGUGUUCUUGGAAGGAGGGCCCAGCCUUUCCUUCCUGAGAAUCUUCCGUGUCUUCCGUCUAGUCCGUGUUGUCAAGGUGGUGCGGUCAGUGAAGGCCUUGGCCCGUUUGCGGACGAUGAUUUUUGCGAUCCUUCAUUCCUUCGUCGAUCUCUUAUGGGCCUUCUUGGUCAUUGUCCUCAUCGUUUUUGUCUUCGCCAUUGUCUUCGACAAUGCCGUGGCCGAUUACUUUCUGAAGAUCAACCCCAUCGACAUCCUGGACCCCGAGAGCAAGAAGGCGCAAGAGGUCUUUAACAUGGAGCUACUCUUCGGCGACCUCUUGGAGACCAUGAUCUCCCUGUGGUCGGCGGUGAGCGGCGGCAACGACUGGAUGUUCUACGGAGACCUCCUGAGGGAAGUGCCCAUGGGCGGCAUGUACUUUGCGAUCUUCAACUUCUACGUGGCGUUCUGUGUGGUGGGCAUGUUCAACGUGGUCACUGGAGUCUUUGUGGACUCCGCAGUGUGUGUCCGGACGGGCGAUGAAGUGGUGCAAGGUUACUUGGACGAUCUGCGUCAAACGACGGAAGAGAUCAAGGGCUUUUUCAAAGAAGCCGACAUUGACGGCUCAGGAACCUUGAACUGGAGCGAAUUUCAGCAUCAUAUGCAGAACCCUGCCGUGAAGGCAUACUUCUCUGGCCUGGACAUCGACCCUGAGGAGGCCGAAAUCAUUUUCACCAUUUUGGAUGGAGACAAGAGCAAGGAGAUCAAGAUCGACGAGUUCGUGAACGGGACGAUGAAGCUCAAGGGCUCGGCGACGAAGUUGGAUCUCAUGGCGCUGAUGUAUGACCAAACCAGGCAAAACAUGAAGUUCGACGCCCUGUGCGACUUCGUGGAGGAGGAGCUUCAGGACAUCAAGCGCCGCAUGCAGGCCGCGCCGAGCCCCCGCAAUGCCUCCCGCGAGCCGCCGGGGGCACCGGCGGCGCCGCGGUUGCCGCAGCAAGUGCCGGCCUAUCGCUCCCCGCAGCGGCCGCGCCAGGUCCGCGAAGUGCGCAUCGACGCCAAUGUGCCACGAGUCAUCGACAGCAGCAUCCCCCGGGUCAUGGCCGUCCCGCGCCGGCGAUGA